CGCAGAGAGUUACAGCCCUCUCAGUUGUUUCAUAAAUCACAAAAUUUAUCUCAAAUUCACGUUGGUCUCUUCCAACUCUGCUCAAGAUCACAAUUUAUCAAACCAUGAAUGCUAACAGCUGUUGGCAGGUUUUAAUAAGCCAAGAUAAUGAGAUAUGUUGCAAACAUAUGAGAUCCUAACUGAUUUGAUCACGUUACAUUUAGCAUAGCAGAUUAUGCGCUGAUUUGUUCAACUCAAUCACAGGCUAUCUAGUCAUUUAAGUAGGAGCCAAUUUUAGGAAAUCUGUUAGAGAUUCUUGCUACUGUAAUUACGCUGUAAUUUUGCUGUAAUUAGGUUACUCUUAUGCGUAUAUAUAUGUAUGCAAACUCUUUCAAGAGGCAGGGAUUAUUCCUGCGGCUGCCAAGCUUAUUAUGGUAUCAGAGCCAAAUAUCUGGUACGCAGAAAAAUAAACACAUUAUGGCAGAAAUACGAGAGGAAACUAAGGAGCAAGGGAAACCUCUUCGCUCCACAUAUGACCUCAAUUCAAAUGACGGCCCUGGGAAUAUUAUCACCCAAGUGCAACUUCGUGGUGAGAACUACGAUGAGUGGGCUCGAGCCAUGCGGGCCUCCCUACGUGCUAGACGCAAGUGGGGAUUUAUUGAUGGUGCUAUCAAACAGCCAAAGGAAGGAACAAUAGAAAUGGAGGAUUGGUGGACAGUCCAGUCCACGUUGGUGUCAUGGAUUUUGAACACCAUAGAGCCCAAUUUGCGCUCCACAAUCUCUUAUAUGGAGAAUGCACGAGAUCUAUGGGAAGACAUUAGAGAAAGGUUCUCCAUCACCAAUUGACCGCGGAUACACCAGCUGAAGUCAGAGUUGGCUGAUGGCAAGCAA